AUGAAUAACUUCCAGACUUUGUUUCUCUUCUUGUUUUGCCUCUCUGUUGCCCAGUCUUUGGACAACAAGGCACUCAACCAGUUUAGAAGGAUGAUCCUGUGUGUGAUGCCUGACAGCUGGCCUGUUUUUGACUACGCUGACUAUGGCUGCUACUGUGGAAAAGGGGGUUCUGGCACACCCGUGGAUGAUCUCGAUAGGUGCUGCCAAGUUCAUGAUCAGUGUUACACUGAUGCCAUGCAGCAUCCAGAGUGCUGGCCCAUCUUUGACAAUCCUUACACCGAGUUCUAUGACUACAGCUGCGACGAGGAAAACAAGAAGGUCACCUGUGGCAACAAAAACAACGAAUGUGAGAUGUUCAUCUGUGAGUGUGACAGAAAAGCUGCUGAGUGUUUUGCCAGAUCACCUUGGAACCCCGAUUACGAGCAUCUGCCCAGCGAACACUGUCAGUAA